AUGGAUUCUGUGAAUUCCUUCAAAGGAUAUGGAAAAGUAGACGAGGCUCAAAAUCUAGCGUUGAAGAAGAAGACUAGGAAACGUCUAACUCUACUAAUCGUCGCCGGCGUAGUCCUCGUCGCGGUAAUAAUCGCCGCCGUAGCCGCAACCGUCGUACACAAGAAGAAAAGCGAGUCAUCCGAGUCAGCAACACCGAGUUCUCCAUCCGAGUUAUCACCAUCCACUUCACUUAAAGCCAUUUGCAGCGCCACUCGUUUCCCUGAAUCUUGCUUCAACAGCAUCUCAAAGCUUCCGUCUUCCAACACAACAGAUCCGGAGAUUCUGUUUAAGCUCUCGCUGAAAGUAAUCAUCGACGAGCUCGAUUCGAUUUCCGAUUUACCGGAGAAGCUAUCCAAGGAUACGGACGACGAGAGGAUCAAAUCGGCGUUAAGAGUGUGCGGGAAUCUGAUCGAAGACGCGUUGGAUCGGCUCAACGACACUGUUUCCGCCAUGGAUGCGUUCGACGACGACGGCGUGAAGAAGAGGACACUAAACUCUUCGAGAAUCGAAGAUCUCAAAACCUGGCUGAGCGCAACCGUCACGGAUCAAGAGACGUGUUUCGAUUCGAUCGACGAGUUAGCUGGGAACAAAACAGAGUACCGGAAUUCGACGAUUACGAAGAAUCUGAAAUCCGCCAUGAGUGGAUCCACAGAGUUCACGAGCAACAGCCUCGCGAUCGUGUCGAAGAUCCUCGCUGCGUUGAGCAAUCUGGGGAUCCCGAUUCACGGAAGAAGAAGGCUGUUGAAUCAUCAUCAGCCGAGUGUUGAUUUUCCGGAGUGGGCGCGACGGAGGUUGUUACAGACGGAGAAUGUAAAGCCUGAUGUGACGGUGGCGGCUGAUGGAUCCGGCGAUGUGAAGACGGUGAACGAAGCGGUGGCGAGAGUCCCGAAGAAGAGUUUAAAGCUUUUUGUGAUUUAUGUGAAAGCUGGAACGUAUGUUGAGAAUGUGGUGAUGGAUAAAGGGAAAUGGAAUGUUAUGAUCUACGGCGACGGCAAAGCGAAGACCAUCAUUUCCGGUAGUAAGAAUUUCAUCGACGGGACUCCUACUUACGAAACGGCGACGUUUGCUAUACAAGGGAAAGGAUUUAUAAUGAAGGACAUCGGAAUCAUAAACACCGCCGGAGCAACGAAACAUCAGGCGGUGGCUUUCCGAUCAGGCUCUGAUUUCUCCGUCUAUUACCGAUGCUCAUUCGACGGUUUCCAAGACACGCUUUACCCUCACUCCAACCGGCAGUUUUACCGCGACUGCGACGUCACCGGAACGAUUGAUUUCAUCUUCGGAAGCGCCGCCGUGGUUUUCCAAGGCUGCAAAAUCAUGCCACGUCAGCCUCUUCCGAACCAAUUCAACACCAUAACCGCUCAGGGCAAAAAAGACCCGAACCAAAACUCCGGCAUGUCGAUCCAGCGAUGUAGUAUCUCAGCCAACGGCAAUGUAACUGCUCCGACGUUUCUUGGCCGGCCGUGGAAAGAGUUUUCGACGACGGUGAUUAUGGAGACGGAGAUUGGACCGGUGGUUCGAGCUUCGGGCUGGAUGUCGUGGGUUUCCGGAGUUGAUCCGCCGGCGAGUAUAGUAUACGGGGAGUACAAGAAUACCGGUCCCGGGUCGGAUGUGAGCCAGAGAGUUAAAUGGGCCGGUUAUAAACCGGUUAUGUCGGAGAUGGAUGCUGCGAAGUUUACGGUGGCUACGCUUUUACAUGGCGGUGAUUGGAUACCGUCGACGGGAGUCACGCAUCAGCUAUCUUAA